CAAACUCAAGUCAGUUAUUUAAUCGAUCAGGGAUUACUCUAAUAUCUUAAAUUCACAAUAAAUCGAAUUAUCUAUCUCUUUAUUUCUGACUUACAUUUGUAAGUUUCGAAAUAAACUUAUAAUUAAUCAAACCGUAAUCCUAAUCCAAUACUUAAUAAAUAAGAUUUACAAGUAAACUUGCGUGAUAGGGAAUUUGGGACCACUCGUCUGCCUUACUCUGACUGAGCGGUCUGUUGUUUGUCGUAUUUUAUCUCUAGUUUGAAACGUGAGCAAUCAAAAAGUGAUUGAAAAAUGAUCAAGACAUUGAUCUUUGUUUUGUGUUUAUAUAUGUUUACAUUUUAUGGACAACACUGAUGAUUGGAAAAACGUUUCAAACAUAUUAUCUUUAUCAAACACCUUAAGAAUUUUGUUUUUUCUACUAUUAAAUGUUAUAAUAAAUACAAUAUUUAAUGCUAUUAAAUAUUUAACGUGAUUUGCCUGAUGAGAAACAUUAAUAUUCAAUUUUAAAUACUAUUUUAUCUCUAGUUUGAAACGUGAGCAGUAAAAAAAUAAUUGACAAUCUAGAAAAAUGAUCAAGACAUUGAUCGUAGUUUUGUGUUUGGUGAUCGGUGCAAGUCCUACAGGUCAUUGUAUUCGAGAUACACUCAAAGAAGAUAUGGAGCUCGAACGACAACUAAAGCUCAUUAACAAGCCUCCUGUUAAAACUAUUCAUACAAAAUAUGGAGACACAGUUGACUGUAUAGAUAUUAAUAAACAAUCAGCAUUUGAUCAUCCUAUACUAAAGAAUCAUAAGUUACAAAAAAAGCCUAGCAUACGAAAACCAAUUGAAAAAUCAAGUAUGAAGAAAUUACAAGGUACACAAAUAUUUGGAUUUGUAAAAUGUCCUAAAGGCACAAUUCCUAUUCGGAGAACAACGAAAGAAGAACUUAUUCAAGAAAAACAAUUACUAAAUAGUAGUAUUUUUGUCAAAGAUGUCUCUGGUGUUCAUCUUGCUGAGAUGGCUCUUUCUUCAAAAUAUGGUCCAUAUUAUGGGGUCGAAGGAGGCACUAGCAUUUAUAACCCAAGAGUUACUAAGGGUCAAAUGUCCCUUUCUCAUGUAUGGGUUGAAAAUGGACCCAUAGACAGUAAUAACAAAAUUAGUGUUGGAUGGCAUGUGAGUUUGGAUUUGUACGGUGACAAUCGAACCCAUUCAUAUGUAUCAUGGACGAGAGACAAUUUUCAUAAGACGGGAUGCUACAAUUUACGAUGUCCAGGUUUUGUUCAGACUAAUCCUGCAUCUUAUAUUGGUGGACCUUUUCUAAAUACAUCGUUGUACGGAGGACCAACUUAUCGUUUUGUUGUUUCUAUUAGUCAGGACCCAAAGUCCAAAAACUGGUGGAUACAUCUAAGCAAUACUAUUGCUGUUGGAUAUUUUCCAGCCAAAUUGUUCUCCAACUUGAGUUCAGCGGAUAAAGUAGGAUGGGGUGGAAGAACAUUAACUCCUCGUGGUUCUCUAAGCCCUACAAUGGGAUCGGGAUAUUUUCCUGAUGGAAACUUUUAUCAUGCAUGUUAUUUCACUUAUAUCUAUUACAAAAAUGCAUCCAGAAAAAACUACGGACCUGAAAACUAUCAAAUAAAAAAAUACGUUGACAAUCCUAAGUGUUUUGGUCUUACUUUCUACGGCAAUCUUCAUAGAAAAGUUGAGUAUUGUCUUCAAUUUGGAGGACCUGGUGGUGAUUGUGGUGAUUGAUUAGUUUUAUUUUCUGAUAUGAACUUCAAAUAAAUAAAUACUAUUAUUAUCAUUGUUUCUAA